AUGCCGUUUUAUGAAGUUAGCAUGAUCACUCGAUCACUGUCGAAGCCGGAUCUAGUGAAAGCACUAACUCGUGCAGGGAAUACUCUUCUGGAUCACGGGGCAGUUAUCGAGAAAGUUGAGUCUUUGGGACACCGAGAUCUUCCCUACAAACGACUUGCCAAACAAACCAAUGAGCCAGUUUACGCUUCAAAUUUCUUCCUGUUCAAAGCACAUAUGUCACGAGAAGCAAGACAGAAAACAAAGUCAAUUUUAACUCAUGACUUAGAUACUGUUCAAGUGGACUUGAUUCAAGUUGAUACUAUGCCAUCACCUAAAGUCGAGUGUAACCUUGAAGAAAUCUUGAAAUCACCAGCUGACAGACAAGCAGUCCGCGAUCUACGUGAAAAUCAGAAAAUGGGUCAUUUCACUCGACAGAUGAUUUAUAAACGAACGGAAAAGGAAUGGAAGAGUAUUCCAAAAAGUUAUCUGAUCGCUCCACCAAGGCCAUAG